AUGGCUUGGUUAAAUUCUUCUAUCAAUUGUUGUGCGGCGGGGGAAGAUGUGGGAAGUUGUGAAAAAUCAAUGCGCAUAGUAAAUGGACAACCUCAAUUAAUAUCUCCUCCAUUACCACAACCAUUAGAAAGACCACAGACAGCAUCUCCUCUGGAGAGACCACAGACUAGAGGGAAAGAAUGGACUACUAGUCGAUCAAGGACAUCAAGUCGUGGAAGCUUUAGUUUGAGAAGAAAUUUAUCAUCUCGUGCUUCAAAUCGAAUGGUGAUUAGUGCUCCAUAUAACUUCCAACAUCAUACGGAAACGAGUUAUGUGAGGGAACCGGAACGAGUCGUCAUUAGGAAUGAUCCAAAAUUGCGACCGUUGGAGUUGAGCAUAUAUUUACCAGGAAAUCGAUUAUCACCCUUACCAGAGUUUGGACCUCAUACAUACGAUGGGAAAAAUGAUCGUACAUUACUUCAUGUAAGGAGCGAGUCGGCGUUGGAAUUUAGGGUGCCCAGGAAACCAAUUCUGUCCACCGUUAUUGAAAAAAAGUCAAUGAAAGCCGAGGCGUUGUUGGAUGCGGCGAAUGAUUUACCUCAGGAGCGCCCUACACGAUUAAGAGCAAAUACGGAACCACCUGCGUAUGAAAGAGUCAAGUCUGCGUUAUUGGAAAAUAUAGAAUUGGAUAAACGACUAAAAGAACUUGAUGAAGCUAUCGAGAGAAGAAGUAUUUAUCUAGUCAGUCGACCAACAAGUCGUACAAGCCGAGCUGAAAGUCGGCAAGAACGACGUGAGAGUAUAUACUCAGAAUUCACGGAACCCAUGCCCGCUAUCACCGAUCUUCCACUCCACAACACCAAUCGUCGACCCCAAACAGCUCCCUCACGACCCCGCCGUCUAAAAUCCAUAGAUUCUUCUCUACGAGCCCCGAAACUUCUUAAAGAACGUCCAUUACCUCCUCCUCUUCCCUUGGUUCUCCAAACACCCCAGGUUGCCGCCAGAAGCAAAUCUCUUUCGCGCGUCUCCUCCUGGUUAUUCCCAUCCGAACAACAUCACUCUCGCCACAUGUCUCUCGAUUCAGUUACCAACACCCCCAAACCCGUAACAUCUAGACAGGGUUUCUAUCAAUGUAUAGAAGUAAAAGAAGUCGAUAACCCGCUUAGUGUGAGCAGUGUUAGCAGUAUUGCAAGUGAGAAUGAUGGCAAUGAAGAUUAUGAAGAGACGAGUUGGAGCGAGAGUCCAAGUCUUGGUCGUGGUGAUAGGGAUGUUAAUGAAUUGGGUUAUGGAGUGAGAAUUAGUGCGGAUAGUAAGAGGUUACAAGUUGCGCCACCUAGUAGAGAUGGAGCGAGGACAUUUGGGGGAAGUGAAAAGAGUGAGGAGGCGAGGUGGAGUAUGGCUUAUGGAUAUGGAAAGGAUAGUGUUGGAGUUGCUUUUUAA